AUGGGUAACUCUUGUGAAAGAGCCAUAUCUUUUUUUGGAGUUGUUCAGCGCAUAUAUUCAUUGUUUGCAUCGUCUACAAAACGGUGGAAUGUUUUGAUGUCUUAUGUUGGAAAUCUAACACUUAAGCCUUUUUCUCAAACACGUUGGGAAAGUCGUGUUGAGAGUGUUAAAGCAAUACGAUAUCAAACUUCACAAGUUAGAGAUGUUUUAAUUGACUUAGUUAAUACUAGUGAAGAUCCAAAGACAAAGAGUGAAGCCCAAUCCUUAGCAACAAAUGAAAUUGAGAGUUUUGAGUUCUUAAUUAGCUUGAUAAUAUGGUAUAAUUUAUUAUUUGCUGUAAAUACCAUUAGUAAAACCCUUCAAGCUGAAGAUAUGGAUAUUAAGAUUGCCGUAGGAAAGCUAAGAGGACUCAUCUUAUUUUUUGAACAAUAUAGAGAGAUAGGAUUUGUGGAAGCCAUAAUUGAAGCUAAAGAAAUAGCUAGUGCAAUGGAUAUUGAACCUGUUUUUAAAACAAAACGACUAAUUCGAAGAAAAAGACAAUUUGAUGAAACUAACAAUGAAGAUUUAAUACAUUCAGUUGAGGAGUCAUUUAGAGUUGAUUACUUUCUAUACAUAGUGGAUAAAUCUAUUUCUUCUUUUAGAAGUAGGUUUGAACAACUUCAAUUAUAUGGAGAGACUUUUGGAUUUUUGUUUGAUUUGAAGAAGUUACAUUCUAUUGAUAAUGAAAGUUUGAUAUCGUAUUGCACUAAACUUGAGAAUUUUUUGAAGUGUGAUAAUCUUUAUGAUAUUGAUGCAAGAGAUUUAGCUUUAGAAUUAAAAGUUUUGUGUAACACCUUGCCUGAAGAAGUAAAAAAACCUAUUGAAAUAUUAAAUCAUUUGCAAAUGCUUGAUGGUGGUUUUCCAAAUACAUGGAUUGCAUAUAGAAUAUUGUUAACUAUUCCAGUAACGGUAGCCUCCGCAGAGAGAAGUUUUUCAAAGUUGAAAUUGAUAAAAUCAUAUCUUCGGUCCACCAUGUCGCAAGAAAUGUUAAAUGGGUUAGCUAUGUUGUCUAUUGAGAGUGAUUUGGCGGAAAAUAUUGAUUAUACUAAUGUAAUUAGUGAUUUUGAAUCUCAAAAUGCUAGACGAGUUAUAUUUAAGUAA